GAGGUUUCAGUCAAGAGGAACUUCUGAAAAUAUGGAAAGGGCUCUUCUAUUGUAUGUGGGUACAGGAUGAACCCCUUCUCCAGGAGGAGCUAGCGAACACUAUUUCCCAACUCAUCCAUGUUGUUAACAACUCAGAGGCUCAACACCUGUUCAUUCAGACAUUUUGGCAAACUAUGAAUCGAGAAUGGAAGGGAAUAGACAGGCUACGCUUGGACAAAUACUACAUGCUGAUCCGUCUGGUCCUGAGGCAGUCAUUUGAAGUUCUGAAGCGAAAUGGCUGGGAAGAAAGCCGAAUCAAACUUUUUCUAGAUGUCCUGAUGAAGGAGAUCCUGUGUCCUGAGAGUCAGUCUCCUAACGGAGUGAGAUUCCAUUUCAUUGAUAUUUAUCUGGAUGAACUAUCCAAAGUGGGGGGGAAAGAGCUUUUGGCAGAUCAGAAUCUCAAGUUUAUUGAUCCAUUCUGCAGAAUUGCUGCCAAGACUAAGGACCAUACGCUGGUACAGACUAUAGCUAGGGGUGUUUUCGAAGUCAUUGUAGAUCAGUCUCCUUUUGUUCAUGAAGAGAUGGUGGAAGAACAAAGAACGAAAGUGAAUGACAGUGACCUCUCUGGGGAAGAGAUACCAGAAAACAAGAUAAUUUGCAGAAAAGCAGUUGGUAAAAAAACAGCACUGGGCAAAUGUCACUCCAGUAAAGAUGGAAUCAGUGAUGAAGGAGAGGGAAAUGACUAUGGAGCCUUGGAGGACUCAGAGCCACUUCUCCAGUUCGACUAUAAGGCCAUUGCUGAUAGACUCCUGGAAAUCACCAAUAGGAAAAACAUCCCUCCCUUCAACAGGAAGCGUCUCACCAAACUAAUAAAAAAAUUCCAAGAACUUUCUGAAGGUGGCAUAUCACAGCUCAGUUUUGCUGAGGACAUUUCUGCUGAUGAAGAUGACCAAACCCUCAGUCAAGGAAGACAUAAGAAGAAAAGAAAUAAACUUGCAGAGCAAACUGAUUUGGGAAAGAAAGCAAACAGAGUCUUUCUUGCUAAGGAAGAGGACAGUGAAGGCAGGAUUCAGAAGAGAAAAAGGAAGAAGAAGAAGAAGAACCAUCUCCAGCCUGAAAAUUCUGCCCUAGGGGACGAGGCCCCAUCUCUGGAACAGAACGGGAACAGGGAGCCAGAGGCCAGCCAGAGAAAGGCCAACACAGUGAGCGUGGCCAAGCUGGGAGGGGAGGCCACAUCUAGCACCUGUGAGGACAGUGGCUUAGAGCACCCCCCUAUCAUCCCCAACCACAGUAAAAGGAAACGGCCAAAGAAGAAGAACCUGAGGACCCAUGGAGAGCUCUGGGAGUCAACAAUGUCACCCCCAGAGGGUGCACCUCAAAAUGAGCCAAGCAGAGGUCAUCCACAGGGCUUUGCUUCCAGGGGCUCCCCAACAGGAGGAUCCCAGGCCCCAAGGAGAAAACGGAAGCUUGGAGCACUCCCACUCAAUGGCAGUGGCCCGGCUAUACUGACCUGGCCUUCGGCAAGCCCUGUGGAGAGUGGGGGCAGCCUUGCCCCUGUGCCUCCCUGUGCAAGACUACAGAAGAAAAAGGCAGAGCCCAGCAGCCUGGACUUCUGCGAUGUGCCCAGCCAGAAAACGGCAAUCUUGAAAAAAAGGAAGAAAAUGAGAGAGAUGUCGAACUUGGUAGAACAUAAUGGAGUGUUGGAGUCUGAAGUCAGGCAGAUCCAAGCUCUGGGAAGCAGCGGAACAUUUGGUCCAGUGAAGAAGAAACCAAUGAGAACAGAGAAUGACUUUGUGAAGUUUGACACCACCUUCUCACCAAAGCCUCUGUUCUUCAGAAAAUCUAAAAGUAGUCCUGCCACGUGCUCUCCAGAACCUGCCGUCCAGCUAAGCAAAACGCCGUCCAGCUCCAAGAAGGUCACAUUUGGGUUGAACAGAAACAUGACUGCAGAGUUCAAGAAGACAGACAAGAGUAUCUUGGUCAGUCCCACGGGUCUCUCCCGAGUAGCCUUUAAUCCCGAGCAGAGGCCCCUCCAUGGAGUGCUGAAGACACCCACCGGCUCCCCUGCAAGCAGUCCCCUGGUGACCAAGAAGUUACUGCCCACUACUCCGAGGAGAAGGCCAACAGCUGUAGAUUUUUUCUGAGGAUGGUUGCAGUCUCUUUUUUAAAAACUGCUUUUGUAUAGAAUGUUCUAUAAAUUAAACCUUUAAAAAUGUGGGGCCUUUUUAUUGUUUCCUAAAUUCCUCCAAACUGUGCACAAAGUUCUGCCUGUGAGCUGCCGCUCCCCAUCCCUUUGUUGGGGGCUGUGGGCCCCAACGAGUUGAGUCUUUGGCUAUAAAUGUGGCUUGUACUGAGCUCUUCGGGACUCACAUUCUAGGAUAACUCCUGGGAUUCCCAUGAGUGUAGGAAUGAGACCUUCUAUGGAGCUGAAGAAUGCAGUGAUCCCUAGGUAAAUUGAUGCUUUAGCACAACGGACAUAUGAAGUCACACUUCUGGCCAGCUGUCAGUUCCUGCAGAACUGUCGUACUAGUUGCUACAUUUGCCAUGCAAGGUUGGUCUCUGGUCAUUUUUGGUCUCACAGCCUUAUUUUCAUUUGAAAGCUUGUAAGGUUUCAUUCCAUGUUCUGCAAGCAUUUGGCAGUUUUGGAUACAGAUGAUUUUUUGACCCUAUCAGUACCCUAGUUUUUCUACAUGUAAUUAGCUGGGGGAACAGACAGGCAGAGGAUGGGGAAAGAAGAUGCCUUCUGUACUGGCAGGGGGACUUUUCUCCUCUCCUUGGCUUGUUGCCUUCCCUGUUUCCUACCUCGACAGCAAGCCCAAAGUGUCUUCAUGGGAGGGCCUUCACCCACCCCAGCUCUCACCCAGUACUUGGCCAUGGCGAGCCCCCUCUACUAAGCUUUGUGCUGUUACUAUCUUCCAGGUCCUGGCAUAUCUAUGUUUGAGCCAAGGACCUAAGUGGCAUCCCUUCAAGUGGCUUUUCCAUCUUAGGUUGAACUCAGUUCCUAGAGGAUGGUGGUGGUGGUGCUGUCUGACACCUGAGCAGAAACUCAGCAGCCACGAAGGACUGGCGCAUGUGUUACAGUGUACUUUAUUCAGAACAUGGGCACUCAUACAUAGAUUUUAUACAGUUCUGCUAGUUUAGUUGAUUACAAAAGCUGGAUAGAAGGCAGAUUUCAGUUGGAGGUGCAGAAAUGUGGCCUUUUUAGCACAGUGGUCACUUAGUCACUGGUUGUGUUUAAGGCCACGGUGUACUGGAGCCCAAGUCACAGAGAAGACUGACUCUGGAACAGGGAGCUACUUAAGCCACUGAACUAGGCUUCUCCAUGGCUUAGGCAAUUACAAAUCCUAUCUGGAAAGGAGUCACAGUGUAUAGUUUUUGUCCACAAGCGCUUAGUGCUCCCAGCCACCCCACCCUGCUUGGAACCCUCAGAUCCAGAAGUGAAAGCUACCUGCCCUCCUCCAAACCACCGCCCUCUGUAUGGGAGCCUGUUUUUCACCAAAACCUGAGCCAGUCCCCUUCCUCCCAGCUGCUCCCAACAGAAAACCCCAAGUUGCUUGAGCAGUCCAGGCCAUGGUUUUGGGUAGCAGGGCUACACUGAUCCUACCUUGGUUUCAUUCAUUCCGAGGAUCAAGGGUGGGACUUCAUCUGCCAGUUGUUGCACUGGAUGGGUCAACUUACUGAGGAAGGCCCUGUGAGAAAUAUUAACUUUGUUCUUUGCCUGUCGGUAAUGAACAUAAUGAACUUUUGUCAUAAUUAGGUCAUGAAAAAAAUAACAUCAUGCUGUUAAAUAGUCACUGUAACAAGAAGUCUAGUGUACAACAUAACUGUGGUGGUGGUGGUUGCAUGGUUUUUAGUGUGCUGUGUUGAUGUAAUACUUAAAAUCACAUCCAAAACCAAAACUGAUAAAGAUCAGAUUUAAGUGAGCAGAUAUUUUUAACUUUUGUUUAAAAAGAAAAAAGUUUCAUUAUCCUGGUUCAAAGUAUUUUUCUAAUAAUUUUUAUUUCAGCUUUAAAGAUAGGUCAUAUAGCCAGACGAGCCAUACAGUCCAGAACUGCAGAGAUGUCCCAGUAAGACCUGUAGGGCAGAAAUGGCACAUUCAUUCUGUGGACUGUUGCAGGAACUUUUCUCCUUACAUUUCUGUAUUAUCUGACUUUUCUGAGGCACCAAUGACUGUCCUAUAAGCGCACCUCCUGUUGAGCUCAUAUCCAUGAGCCUGCCAGGAAUAAGAGUGCAGCUUGGAUUCUUUCUGUUCUCUAAAUCUGUCCUGACUUCCUCCAGUGAUUGUCCUUUCAGGACCUGACCCUGGGACCCUCAGGAGCUCCCUGUGGCUAAUUUUUAAUUUUUACAUUUUGGCAACAGGAAGAAAACCUUUUUUUUUUUCAUUCUCAUUACAUACACAGCAAGAAUAUGUCACAUUAAGAAAAUGUGUUUAGAGUACCAGUUUUCUAUUUGAUGCAUGUUAUUUUCCUAGUUAAAAUUGCUUGGGGAAAUGGAAGUCCAGAAAAGGAAAUAAUUUAAAUUAAUGCUGGUGAUCUUAAAUGAGAGUAUUUUGUAAAAUGAUAAUGUUCCUCCCCCUCCCUAGAUCUGGUCAAUUUUGUACAAUUUGUUAUUAGAUUUUACAGAUUAUUUAUUCUUUCUAACUUCUGAACUAAAAGCACAAAGAAUGUAAAGAAAAUCCGAAAGCAAUUAUUACUGUUGGAAAGAAUAUGAAAUUAAGUCUUGAUUUUUUUGUACAUGUUUUCUCUGAAUUUACCUAACUACUGGCAAGGACUGUUUAUUUAUGAUCAGACUGUAUCAGGCCUGGUUUGUCAGUAUUCGUCAAAGCCAAGUCCAAUUAAAAAGUGUCUUUGCCGUCA